AUGGCUGAAAUACACCAGCGCGAGUGUUCGUCUAUCACAUCCUCGCCACGCAGGAAGCCACCUCCAAACAGUGCAAAGAUUCCCGUUCCGUUCAGCUACACUGCGAGCGACGACGGCACAGACGAGAAUCUUCUCGUUCUCCUCCACGGCCUUGGGGACACACACACUCCGUUCACAAAACUAGGUCGGUCUCUCAACUUACCCCAAACAGCCACCCUCGCUCUCCGCGCACCAGAACAAAUACCGUUUCUGUAUGAACAAGCUUAUCAAUGGUAUGCUUCCUUCGAUCCGCUGGGAGACCUUAUCGAGCGUCCGAACCCGACACCGGCUCUUGACCUACUUCGCAUCGUUUUUGCGCAUCUGAUCGAUAAUUGCAACUGGCCAUCACAUUGUAUUCACCUUUUCGGAUUUGCUCAGGGAGGGAGCGUAGUCGUCGAGAGUACCAUUUCUUGGUGGAAAGGCGAGCUUGCGAGGACUAGGAAGUCGCGGGUAGUGGAGAACAGAGAAGAUGACGACAACAGAGGCGGAGCCACUCGUCAGCUGGGAUCGGUGGUUACGGUUGGCGGACGUCUCUUGUCCUACCCUACGUUGGAGAAACCUUGCCCAACGCCGCUACUUAUUUUCCACCGUGGCUCGCUACCGAAGACCGCAAUCUCAUCGUUUUACAGGGCCUUUACCCAGAUACAGGAGGUGAACAGACAGGAUAAUGUACAGGACGAAAGCAUGCCUCGUUCGAAGGAUGAGUGGGAACCUAUCAUGCGCUUCUGGAGUGAGGUUUUGAGAUACAGGACCGGGGAAGGCCUUUACGAAGUAAUGAGUGGUGCGAAGACUCGAUAG